CUCUCAGACCCCGCCCUCUCCGACCCCGCCCUCUCUAGUCUCGCUUUGGGUUUUGCUGUCCGAUUGUGCGAGGGGGUCGGACUGGUAGUGGAUGCGGCGUCAAGCGGCAGAUGCAGGAAAUUGUUGGAAAACAGUGCACAGGAUAUAAUAUCCAGCAUAUGGAGGAAAAUCACAUACUUAUGUGUUGACUGCAAGCAGGACUCCUGUAGGUGUUCUGGUGAUGCCUCUGCCCCUCCCAUUUUUGGGGAAGAAAGGGAAGCGAAAAGAGAUUUGUUGUGAGCCUUGUAUCUGGACUGUGCGUAGUUACAUAUUUUACACGUUUUUCUGUAUGAAACUUUGACAGAUUGAGGCCAAAAGGAGAAGGCUUUGUCUUUUGUGUUGAACACUGGUCCAUUUCUUUGGAAAUCCUGUGGAGAUUCCCCAAGAAUCUGGUGCGGUUGUGGUAUUAGACAUCUUUUUCAUCAUUUACUUCCGGGUGGAACUACCUUGAGCAAUGUGGCUGAAACCUUCAUUCAUUGCAAAGACAAUUUAUCAGAGGUAUGAAAAAUGAGUGUGGGACGCAAAAGGACAAAGCUGGUGGGAAUUUUGAUGAUGGUAAACUUCUUCAUUUAUAUAGUUGUAGAGAUUUCACGGAGUGGCCACCAAGACAGAAACUCUAGCAAAAAUGUGAUCAUUUCUAACAGUGUAUUUUGGAAGCCACUGGUUCAUAUUAAACCGUAUUGGAAUCGAGAGCAGCACAAACUGGACGAGUUGUACAACCCUGUUACUGCUGCUCUACACAACAGAACUGUAAUGGAGAACUUAAACUUCACAACUAUGUAUACAUGUGAACCUAACUCUCAGUUAAAGGAUGAGAUCAGUAAUUUUGAUUCUUUGCCGGACCGGUUCAAGGAUUUUCUAACCUACCUGCGAUGUCGGAGCUAUCCAUUAAUAAUUGACCAACCAACCAAAUGCCAGAACAAGCCUGUACUGCUGCUGGCUAUAAAAUCACUGGAAUCUCACUUUGAUAGAAGGCAGGCCAUACGUCAGUCAUGGGGGAAUGAAGAAACUACUGGGAAUAAGACAGUCGCUAGGAUCUUUUUACUGGGAAAGUCAUCUCCAUCAGAUGAUUUUCCUAACCUCUCAGAUAUGCUAAAGUUUGAGAGUAAUCAGCACAAAGAUAUUCUUUUGUGGGAUUACAGAGACACAUUCUUUAAUCUAACUCUGAAAGAAGUGUUGUUUCUGGAGUGGGUAAGUAAAUCGUGCUCUGAUAUCCAAUACAUUUUUAAAGGAGAUGAUGAUGUCUUUGUCAACACGGUACAGAUUCUGGAAUACUUGAACUCGCUGGACAAGGAUAAAGCCAAAGAUCUGUUUGUUGGUGAUGUUAUUACAAAUGCAGGACCUCAUCGAGAGAAGAAACUGAAAUACUAUGUUCCAGAGAGCAUAUUUGAGGGGGUGUAUCCUCCCUAUGCUGGUGGAGGUGGGUUUCUCUACUCUGGACACUUGGCAAAGAGACUCCAUAAUGUGUCAUAUCAAGUAGCACUCUAUCCAAUUGAUGAUGUGUAUACUGGAAUGUGCCUUAGAAAACUUGGCCUUGCUCCAGAAAAGCACAAAGGUUUCAGGACUUUUGAUAUACUACAAAAAGAUAGACAUGUUACCUGUGCAUAUAAAAACUUAAUAUUAGUCCACAGCAGAAAUCCUCAAGAAAUGAUAAGAAUCUGGAGCAGGCUGCAGGAUCCUAAAUUGAAAUGUUAGUAUAAAAAACCUUAAAAGGAAAAUGAUUGAGAGAGUUGAGGCAUGUUUCUAUUGGAUGUGUAGGGUUAUCUUAUUUUGCACACUUAUUGAUGUUACAAUGCUAAUAGGCUGUGUGAAGGUGUGUGUCCAAAUCUGCCACCACUAACGAAUCUGGGAGAAGCAUAGUGGGUCCAAAAGAGUCUAGACUUCCCCAGGAGGAUUUGUUGAAGAAAAUGCAUCAAUUCUGUUGGUCAGUUUAUUUGCUCAUCCUACUGAACGUACUGAAUGAUUUCACAGACUCAGCAUUUUGCACUCUGCCUCUGAUGUAACAAUCUUCCAAAAAGUAUCAUUUCUAUUCUCAAUCAAAGAAAAUCCUGGAAGAUGAUUAUGGACCCAAUUAAAGUAAGCUCUGGUAAUCAUGGCAACAAAGAGGUUCACUUCUAGGCCAAUAGAUGGUAUUAUACACAACUGAGAUUACUGAAUGUUACCCUGUACAAUUUCAGCAGUUAUCAUGUGUACACUGAUAAUUUUUGAGGUUCACUAUCAAUCAUGUUUGAUUAUGUCGUGUUUGAUUAUGUUGUACUGUACAUCAUGAAGGGCGAAAUUUCAUGUCUUCAGAGAAGAAUGUAAAUGGAUUUUGUUUAAUAAAUCUAAUUCCUAAAUGGAAAGUUGAUGCUAUUCAACUUUUAGUGGGUGGCUUAUGUAAAUCCAGAGAAUUUUUAAAAUUCUGGGCAUUUACCAGAUUAUUUCCAGUCUAUUAAAGGAUGCUGAACAUUCCCCAAUAUACGUAAGCAUGUGUGCUUCCAGUGUUUAUGUGAAAGAGUGUUUUAUUUAUUCAGAUCAAAAGACCAAAUUGUUUUUAAAAUGGAAAAUAUAAACAAUGUAUUAUUUUGUCUGUAAAACUUCUUAAGCGUGACUUGUCUGUAAAUAAACUUGGUUAGUAUCAUCCUUAGCAUGAUUGAAAAUGUAA